AUGCCCGACGAGGAGCCCUCCCUCAACAUCCCCUCCCUCCUCACCCUCGCCGUCGUCUCCUUCUUCGUCAUCCGGUGGUUCUUCAAGCGCGAUGGCGAAAGCGGCACACCCGGGUCGCGCAGUCGCGUCCGCGGGAAUGUCGUCGAUCCCGCACAAGUCGAGCAAAUAUCCCAGAUGUUCCCGCAGCUGAGCACGCGCGACAUCAUGUGGGAUCUGCAGCGGAAUAGCGGUAACGUGGCUGCGACGACGGAGAGGAUUCUCACUGGUCGCGGACUUGAUACGCCACCUCCAUCUUUCCAGCCUUUGGUCGCUAUCCCCCCGACUGGUGUCCCCGCUCAACCAGCGCCUGCGUCAAAGUCCGAUAGCCAAGAUCUCAUAUCGAGGUACAACCUUGCUGCGAAGAUUAUCGACAACAGUGAAGCCGAGUCCACCGCUAAGCCCGGUGGUUGGUCGCAGAGCAAGGAGGAGCGCCAGCGUCUGCUUCAGAAGCGAAGAGACGAUAUGAUUCUGGCGGCGCGCCGGAAAAUGAUGCAGAAAGAGCAGGGAAGUGCUUAA